AUGGGUGCUGCUGCUGAGAAUGUGGGAACGGUUUCCCCCAGGAAUGAAAACAUUUUGAACUGCUUAUACCCAAAGCCCAGUGCAAUUUUCAGACUGAUUUGCUUCCCCUGGGCAGGAGGUGGUUCUCUUUACUUUGCUAAAUGGGGCCAAGAGAUUUGUGAUUCACUGGAAGUGCACUCUAUAAGGCUUGCUGGAAGAGAAAGUCGGAUUGAAGAACCAUUUGCAAAUGACAUCUAUGAGAUAGUUGAUGAAAUCGUUCACGCUUUGCUGCCAUUGGUCCAGGAUAAGCCAUUUGCAUUUUUUGGCCAUAGCAUGGGAUCCUAUACUGCUUUUAUGACUGCACUACACCUGAAAGAAAAAUAUAAGCUAGAACCAAUCCAUUUUUUUCUAUCAAGUACAACUCCUCCUUAUUCAAAGGCCCACAUUCAGAUUCCCAAUCUCGAUGGACUGUCAGAAGAACAAAUUAAACGUUACCUUAUAGAUUUUGGAGGCACCCCAAAGAGUCUUGUGGAUAACCAGGAAUUUUUAAAACAAUUUAUUCCUGUUCUAUCAGCAGACGUGCACAUUUUAAGGAAUUUAAGCUUCCACGCACCUGCUCAGCCCGAACUUUCCUGCGACUUCACAUGCUUUGCUGGAUCUGAAGACAUCACAAAGGAUAUGGAAGCCUGGAAAAUUGUAACCAGUGGAACUUUUGACCUUCACAUACUGCCAGGAAAUCACUUUUAUCUUAUGGAACCUGCCAAUGAAAAUUUCAUCAAGAACUAUAUAACCAAGUGUCUAGAACUGUCUUUACUUGCCAACCGUUAG